CUUGUCUGUCAAUAAAUUCUACUAUAUUUUUUCGUUUCUAUGGCGACCGUGCUUUUUGUUGAGUUUUUCGAGUGAGAAAAAAUUUCAACAUUAUAUUGACGUUUGAAAUAGUUUUGAUUCAGAUGUGGAGAUAAUAAAAACAAUGUCCAUCGAUACAUUUCCAAUACUUUAUUUUAAUAUGUCUGGUGAAAUGAUCUAUAUUAUUGAUCAACGUUUAGAAGCGCAAAAAAUUGGUCAAUCAAAAGCUAAACGUGUAUUGAGUGAUAUUAUUCUUUCCAUAUUCAAUUCCAAACUGAUCAAUGAAGUAUUCAAACCACAUAAUACCAUUACAUUCCAUGUAUUACGAACGAUAUUUGAAAAAUUGGUUCAUUCAUCAAUCAUGCGUUUGAAUGAACAAAGUAUGAACAAAUUAUUCGAUCUUAUGAUCAUGGUUAUCAAAUAUCAACUGUUUGCAUGUCCAAAACCAUCCGAUAUUAUCACCGUAACCGAUAAUCAUUUCAUUUCCAUUAUUGAAAUGCUCAAAAACAAUGAUAAUGACGGUAAUAAUGGUGAUGAGCAGCAAAACAAACCAGAAACGUCAUGCAACAAUAUUGUUGAAAUAGUAAAUGUCGUUCGAAAUCAAUUUCUAUUACAUUAUCAACAAUAUGAUUUGCUAAGAUUUCAGCAGAUUCGUUAUAAUCUAUUGAAUUUUCUCAAAGAUAUUCGUACACGUGUAUCGAUAUUUUUACGGGAAGGAUUGCAAACGAAUGAUGGUAUGUUUGUUAUUCCAUAUCAAAAUGUAAUGGUCGAAUGUGAAUGUCAAAUACCUGGUGUUGUAAGAUAUUUUCAUGGUUCAUAUAAUGAAAUUAUUCGUACAGAACAUUUUGAUGUUGGUGGUCAUUACUUGGUUGAUGAUAGUCGUACAAAACUUGGAUUAAAUAUAUACAAAAAAGAAAUCGAACCACCAAAACAAAAUGUUUGCGAACAAAAAUCCAAUGACAACACGGCAAUCAUCGCUAAUAAUCGUAAAGAAAUGGAUCUAUUGGCUAAACUCAUCUGUAAAACCCCACAAGAUGAUCGUCGUGAUUCUAUAGUCGAACUGAAAUUUGAUUUUUUGUCUACCGAAACUGAAAAUAAUGAUAAAUUAACUUCCAAAACGAUGUCGAAUGAUAAAUCAAUACAGAUUAUUGAUACUAGUGAUCAUAAUAAUGAACAAUUAAUCCAAAUAAUUCACGAUCUUCAAGAACUUUCCGUGGUAACAAAUCAACAGAAUACCAACCAGGCCAAACCAAUCAAUCAUCAAACAAGUGGGGAUGAUUUAGAUCUCCUUGAAUUAAUGGAUUCCUAAAUAAACGAGAAAAAACAAUGUACAAUCAGUAAAAAGUGCGAAACAAAUUCAUUUUGUCAUCACAAACAAAUAAAUAAAAACGAUAAUAAUUAUCGUCUUGACUUGAUUGAUUUAAUUUAGCGAAAACGUAACGUUAAUGUUUUGCGAAAUUUAAUGAAUAAA